AUGCCCCAGGUCCUGUGUGUGGCCCCCCUGAGCGGAGGCUUGGGCGGGAGAGGACAGGACGGGAAGAGAAACCGAAAGGCGCACGUCGAGGGCGAGAGCAGCUGUGAUCCCAAGGCAUCGCGGCGGCAGAGCCGGUCCGCAGAGUGCCCGCCAUGUCAAACGGCGACAGCGGCGGGACCUGUGCAGGUGACGGGCAGCUCCCUCACUUACGAGCGGCUCGGCCGGCGCGACAAUCCGCUCAAGAAACUUACAUCUUUCGAGGAUCCUCUGCACUGCGCGCGAUCUCGACUGCUCACGGACAGCAAGCGGUACGAGACGCGCGCCCGACACUGGUCCCCAAUCCUGCUGCGCUGGAAUUACCUGUCUGAGUGUCGAGGCAUGCACGCGAAGAUGAUGAUACUAACCUCGCGAUGCAAACAUGGCCUGGCGCCUAAAUCCUGGGCCGGUACCGAGUCCAACCAGCCUCGCGAGAUCCCGGAGUCCGCGCCCACACCCCCCACCGAGUUCCACGUCCCGAAGACCUCGCGCCGGCUAUUCCCCUCGGUGCUGCGACUUAUCCAGGAGCACCACAUCUCUGGGGACGCCGUCGAGAAAAUCACGGGUACCGGUGUGCGCGGGAUGCUUACCAAGGGCGAUGUUCUGACGCACCUUGGCCUGGCGUCCUCGCCAACGGGUACGUACCGCGAGACCCCCGCGCCCGACGUCAAGACGGACAAGAAGGUCGAGAAGAAGGAGGAUGUCGCGCCGCUGGAUGGUGCUUCUAUCCGCAGACUGAUCGUCGGCAGCAUGCUCGAGGCGUCGACGAAGGCGCGCGCCGCAGCAGAAUCCGACUGUGCAGUCCCGAAGGUGGAGGCCGACUUCGACUCGGUCAUUGCGGACUACUUGCCCCCGUCGAAGCCGAAACCGGUCACCCCCGUCCCGGCUUUGACUUCGACGCCCAAAAGUGUCUCCUUCAUAGAUGGGUUGAUCUAA